UUGCCCAUCCCCCUCCUCCCGUUUGACGCGAUGACCCAACGAUAACCCGCCCCCGCCCGCAGCUGGUUGUGCCACGCGAUGUGCGCGCAUGCAAGGCCUUCCACGCCAUUGGGCUGCCGCCCCGCCGCCGGUACUCGACGGAGGGAGGUCAUCAGGAGUGACGCCGUGAGCGUGUGGUCACGGCAUCACUUCCGACGCCCUCCCUCUCUCUUUCUUCCGCUACUCCCUCAUCCCCUCCCCUUUGCACGUCGUCCCCUCUCUCUUCUCCUCCUGUGCCACACAGCACCUCAGGCCCUCUGCUGUGCAUGUACAUAAGUAACUGUACAAGCUUCUUUGUCCCUACUAGCUACAGUGCUGUAUGUAUUUAGAUGUAAAUGCCACUUCCUUGUCCCCUCUGACUGAACUCUGAACAAAAAAAACUGCUCACUUCAAUUCUAAGCUUGUUCCUAACACUUAGACAUUAUUCCCUGUGCAUUUGUACCCUCCUUAUUCAAUAAAUAAUGAUUUUCGAGGAAUUUCGGUGCCCAUCACCUGCCAUCGGCCGGUCAUUGCCUCAUUUGGGUCCUUCCCAAAA